CUUUCCAUUCUUCAUUUGCAGCCAUUCUCACCCUCUUCGAUUUUUCUCUCCUUCCAUUUCACCAAUUGCACCUUGUUUAAGACACUUGCACCUUUUUGAGGUUUGAGAAUAUAGCAGUCCUCGAAUCGCUUUUGAACAUAUAUCGCUGGCACCUGUCACCGCCAUACGUAUUUCAGUAUCUGUAGACAAGAUGGAAUCAGCUCCAUUUAAUAGACGGCAAUGGACAUCGAUGUCAUUGAGGGUAACUGCCAAGGAACUUUCUCUCGUCAACAAGAACAAGUCAUCAGCUAUUAUAGAAAGAUUCUCCAAGUACCAGAAAGCAGCUGAAGAAGCAAAUAUGGAAAAGAGGAGAAAUAACACUGAAAAUCACCCCCAGCACUUCAGAAAAGGGACUCUGACUGUGUUAAAGAAGAAGUGGGAGAACCCAGUGCUGGGAGCCGAGUCACGCACAGAUUCUCUGAGAAACAGCAACACUCAGAUUAGGCACAGAGUCAACCAUCCUCCCGCCGAAGUGGCAAGCAGCUCUGCGUCUCAAGCUGCAGCUGACCAAGCGGAACGAGACCACAGCAGAUCGAGGUUGGGCUCACCUCCUGAAGCCCUCACUGAGUGCUGGUUUCCCCACAUCCAGGACAGCGCAGAUCUUCAAGACAGCUCCACAGAAAGUAAAAAAAUGGAAACUUGUCUGGGAGAAUCCAGGCACGAAGUAGGAAAAGCUGAAAUCAGUGAAAACCCAGAUGCUACAGCCAAAAUAGAGAAAUAUAAUGUUCCACUCAACAGGCUUAAGAUGAUGUUUGAGAAAGGUGAAUCAACUCAAACCAAGAUGCUUCGAACCCAGAGCCCAAGUGCAGGUGGAAGGAGAAUCUCUGAAAACAGGUAUUCUCUUGACGACUUGGAGAUAGGCCCAGGUCAGUUGUCAUCGUCUGCAUUCAACUCGGAGAAAAGUGAGAGUAGGCGAAAUCUGGAGCUCCCACGCCUGUCAGAAACCUCUAUAAAGGAUCGAAUGGCCAAGUACCAGGCAGCCGUGUCCAAACAAAGCAGUUCAACCAACUAUACAAGUGACUUGAGAGUCAGUGGUAGUGAAAUCAAAGCUCAUAAACUGGAACAAAAGGAGAAUGUGCCCCCAGGUCCUGAAAUCUGCAUCUCUCAUCAGGAUGGAGAAAAGGUUUCUGCAACUGAGAAUAGCCUGGCAUUCCGCUCCUCCCCUGCUGACGAUGACUCCCGUAGCUCCCUGGUUAAGAGUGAGAUCCAGCAGCCUGUCCAUCCCAAGCAGCUGACUCCAGAUGCCAGAGCCUCCAGCCUUUCUGAAAGUUCUCCACCCAAAGCAGUGAAGAAGUUUCAGGCACCGGUGAGAGAGACCUGUGUGGAAUGUCAGAAGACAGUCUACCCGAUGGAGCGUCUCCUGGCCAACCAGCAGGUGUUUCACAUCAGCUGCUUCCGUUGCUCCUAUUGCAGCAACAAACUUAGUCUAGGAACUUAUGCAUCUCUACAUGGGAGAAUCUAUUGCAAACCUCAUUUUAAUCAGCUCUUUAAAUCUAAAGGCAACUAUGAUGAAGGCUUUGGGCAUAGACCACACAAGGAUCUGUGGUCAACCAAAAAUGAAAAUGAAGAGACUUUGGAGAGACCAGCCCAGCUCCCUAAUGCAGGAGAGACUCCUCAGAGCCCAGGAGUAGAAGAUGCCCCCAUUGCUAAGGUGGGUGUGCUGACUGCAACUAUGGAAGCUAAGGCUUCCUCUCAGCGGGAGAAGGAAGAUAAGCCUGCUGAAACCAAGAAGUUGAGGAUUGCCUGGCCACCUCCAACUGAACUUGGCAGUUCAGGAAGUGCUUUGGAGGAAGGGAUCAAAGUGUCCAAGCCCAAGUGGCCUCCCGAGGAUGAAAGCAGCAAGCCUGAAGUGCCUGAGGACGUAGAUCUGGAUCUGAAGAAGCUAAGACGAUCUUCUUCACUGAAGGAAAGAAGCCGCCCUUUCACUGUAGCUGCAUCAUUUCGAACCACUUCUGUCAAGAGCCCCAAAACCUUGUCCCCUCCCGUCAGGAAAGGCCGGAGCAUGUCUGAGCAAAGUGAGGAGUUUAUAGGAGGAAUAGCAGUAGGAAAGAAACAAGUAGAAAAUGCCAAAGCUUCAGAGAAGAAUGGGAAUGUAGGAAAAACAACCUGGCAAAACAAGGAACCUGAAGGAAGAGAGGCAGGGAGGAGAAGUGAGGAAGUUCAUGGUUUUGAAAUGGGGAGUGAGAAUCUUGUAGAAAAUGGUGCAAACUUAGAUGAAGACGAUGAAACCCUCCUCAAACAGCAGUCUCCUAUAGAACCCAAGUCUCCAAAUUGGUCCAGCUUUGUAGACAACACCUCCACCAAAGAAUUCACGACUCAGAGUCAGAAAUCCCAGGAUGUGGAGUUCUGGGAGGGAGAAGUGGUCAAAGAGCUAUCUGUGGAAGAGCAGAUAAAGAGAAACCGGUACUAUGACGAGGAUGAGGAUGAAGAAUGAUAGAUUGCACUGGUGCCGGGCCUUGAAUUGGUGUUAGUGAGCCUCUGCCCUUUGUCAGAGUGAUGCACAGAACCACGUUCUCUUAGGGUGAGCUGUCAUUUAUGUGGAAGUAACUUUGAAAAAGAGGUCUUGCUUCAAAAAAACCCCAUACUGCAGCUUAAGGGAACCAGUUCUGUUAGAGACAGCAUUACUUAAAUCCUCUGUUUCAGCAGUGAUGAGAUACAUACAGUGCUUUAAGGUUUUAUAAAUACAAGGGGGAAAAUAUUCCAAAUGAUAUAGUCUGGAAUCUGCUAUAUUCCCAAAAUGCAUGUUAAAGUAGCUAGGUAAUUAAUAGUGCACUGUUAUGCUACAAGUACUAUUGUGUAAUUAGGGAACAUGCUGAAGGAAUUUAGGGGCCUAAAUAUUAUGACUGAAUGCACUUUAGUAUAAAGGGCACAGUUUGUAAAUCUUUUAAUGAAUACCGAUUCAAUUGUUUAGUAUUUGUCUUCUGAGAGAUCAAAUAUUUAGCCUUUUAAAAAAUUUUUUUAGGUUAAUUUUCUUACACAGAUAUAUAAGGGAGAAUUUAUUGCUUUGCAUUCUCUGCUCUACACCACGCCCUGAACUGGAUGAUUGAGGUGUAACACAGCCAUCUUUUCAGAGCAACUUUUGAAGGAAUCGAAGAAGCAACCCACAUGCUUUGGUGCUUGGAGAGAUCCACUGCCUUCCAAAUACACUAUGCUGUUUGCCAAUUUGACUACACCCCAAGUGAUUGCUUUCCUCUCUGCUGGUAUCUGUGCUUCUCAUAACUUACUGAAAGCUGCAAUAUUUCUGUAAGAUCUUUUGGAUCGCUGUUCACCAUGCUCCUUGUUAGAGCACAGGGAGGCGAUUCAAGGAGGAAUAGUGAAAACAACUGCCUUAAUCCAUGAGCUCAGACCCCCAAGCCCUGUAUGCCACUUCUGAUGUCCCCUUUCUGAGAUGCUAGGUUUUAAAUACUUACCAACUCUGAAAUGUAUUGAUUUGGUAGUAGACAGCAUUUCCAGGGUGCAAUUAAACCAACUAUAGGCCUUUUUUGGGGGAUGGUUUUCUAGUAUUAAGAUUUUGAAACAUUAUAAAAUUGAGCACAUUUAUUGUACAUAAUUGAUAUUACAAAUUGUAUGUGUGGCGGGGAGAGAUGUUUUAAGCUACAGGCUUUUCUUUAUACUGCAUUUAUAGAGAUUUAGCGCUAAUAUUUUUUAGGGAUGUAAAAUAUUCUGCUUUCUUACAGUCUUGCUUAGCCUGAAACAUUUUUAUUCAAUAAAGCUUUUAAUUUACAUUUGAA